AUGGGGGCAUGCUGCAGCGCGCCCGCCGUGGCGGGUGGGGCGGAGCCUCAGGAUGACCCGACAGGCGGCCUGUCAGAGGCAUACGACGUGAAGCAUUUGCUGGGCUCUGGCUCCGCGGGCGACACCUGGCUAUGCGAGGAGCGCGGCAGCGGCGACGUGGUGGCCAUCAAGCUCAUCAGGCGGCCGAUUCCCCCAGUGAUGGGCACCAGCAUAAUGCGCGAGGUCAAGAUCGGGGCGGAGCUGGGGAAGGGCCACCUCAACAUCGUGAAGCCGAGGGAGGUGGUGCUCACGAGCAAGUGGCGUGUUGGGCCGCCGCAGCAGGGGCCAGGGCAGGGAGCGGGGCUGCAAGAGGCUGAGUGCGGCAGGGUCGUUACAGGGACCCACCUCGGCUUGGUGAUGGAGUAUGUGGCGGGCGGCAACAUGGCGGACUACAUUCUAAAGUCGAUCCUGCUUAAAUUCGGGGACUUUGACAGGCGGGACGGGCUGGUCAUGGAGGAGGACGAGGCGCUGUACUUCUUUAAGCAGGUGUGA